CAUGUUAGGAGAUAAAUGGGAAUCAUGAAGGUGGCAGCAUUCAACAUCCAAAAAUUCGGAAGAACCAAGCUCUCAGAUCCUGAUGUUGUCGAUAUUCUUGUCAAGAUUGCUUCACGUUAUGACAUCAUUGUGAUCCUGGAAGUGGUGGAUGCUUCUGGGAGUUCUGUACAAAUUUUCCUGGAGGCACUGAACAAGGCCAAUGAGGAGCAUCACUACACUCUACUAAUCAGCCGUCGCCUGGGCAGGAGUCGCUACAAGGAGCAGUUCAUGUUCUUAUACAGGGAUGACCUGGUAGAUUUAGUGGACUCAUUCCAGUAUGCAGACAAACAGUCUGGGGACGAGGACGCCUUUGAGAGAGAGCCUUACGUUGUGCGCUUUAAGAGUCACAACACAGUGUUGAAAGAUCUGGUGAUGAUUCCUGUCCACACCAAGCCUGAAGACUCAGAGAAGGAGCUCGAUGAGAUGUACGAUGUCUUCCAGAGUAUCAGGAGGAAAUGGAAAACAGAUAAUGUGAUGAUCUUGGGCGACUUCAAUGCAGAUGGGUCGUACGUCUCCAAAAGAGACAUGAAGGAGAUCCGCAUUCGCUCUGACAAGAACUUCCACUGGCUCAUCAGGGAUGACGUGGACACCACAGUCAACAAGGGCAACGACAACACCUAUGACAGGAUUGUGGUGUAUGGAGAUGACAUGGUGGAAGCUAUAGUGCCCAACUCUGCUAAACCUUUCAACUUCCAAAAGGCUUAUGGGCUUUCCAUUGAAGAGGCGUUGAAAGUGAGCGACCAUUACCCAGUAGAGGUGGAGCUGAAGAGAAGUGGCAUGACGCGAGAGAGUUCUGGGAAAGUGAGUGCGGUGGACAAGAGCAAGCUGCUGAACACUAAGGAGUGGCGGGAGGAUAUACAGGAAAUAAAGAGAGGCAAUCUCCUGCUGGAGCGAGAGAAGCUGAACUUGGAGAUUCAGAUGCUGAGAAUGCAGAUGGCUAAGCUGGAGCACUAA